GCGGCGGCGGCGGCGGUUGGGCAGGGGCGUGCCGGUCAGGCACAGAUUGAGCGCAAUGUCGCCCCACAGGGAGCAGUGACCCUUCUGGGCCUGGGCGGGGUAGAGAGAAGGAAAAAUGACAUCAAGGACGUUCUGCUGUACUUUGCCUUCUUGCGAAGACAACGUGAUGUGUAACAUCAGACUUUUCAGUUAGGUUUAGCUCCAGUUCAGCUUUGGUACUAGAAGAAAUGUUCCUGAGAGGAAAGUGGGAUGUGUAGUUGGCACUGUACCUGAGAGCAGCAAUAUCAUUUCAGCAUAGAUGACCAUGCUGCCUGCAAUUCAAGUGUGGUUUGGAGAAGACCUGCCUCUAAGUCCACGGAGUCCUCUGACCCCCAGACAUGGGCCAGGUUUGGCUGAUGUUUGUCAGUAUGAUGAGUGGAUAGCUGUGAGGCACGAAGCUACCCUGUUGCCCAUGCAAGAAGAUCUGUCAAUCUGGUUAUCUGGUUUAUUAGGUAUUGAAGUUAAGGCAGAAAGGUUAUUGGAAGAACUUGAUAAUGGAGUACUGUUAUGCCAACUGAUUGAUGUUCUUCAAAACAUGGUGAAAACAUGCAACUCUGAAGAACCAGUGAAUUUUCCAAUGAGAAAAGUGCCCUGUAAGAAAGAUGCUGCAUCAGGUUCGUUCUUUGCUAGAGACAAUACUGCGAACUUCCUUCACUGGUGCAGGCACGUCGGGGUUGACGAGACUUACCUCUUUGAAUCGGAAGGUUUAGUUUUGCACAAAGAUCCGAGACAGGUGUAUCUUUGUCUUCUUGAAAUUGGUCGAAUUGUGUCAAGAUAUGGGGUUGAGCCUCCAGUAUUAGUAAAAUUUGAGAAAGAAAUUGAGCUAGAAGAGACGUUACUUAAUACCUCUGGGCCUGAAGAUUCCAUCAGCAUUCCAAAAUCAUGCUGUCAGCAUGAAGAGCUUCACGAAGCUGUUAAACACAUUGCUGAAGACCCUCCUUGUAGUUGUUCUCACCGAUUUUCUAUUGAGUACUUAUCUGAAGGACGGUAUCGACUAGGAGAUAAAAUACUUUUUAUAAGAAUGCUUCACGGAAAACAUGUCAUGGUCCGUGUCGGUGGAGGCUGGGAUACUCUUCAAGGAUUUUUGCUUAAAUAUGACCCCUGUCGAAUAUUACAGUUUGCUACACUAGAACAGAAAAUUCUAGCAUUUCAAAAAGGAGUUUCUAAUGAAAGUGUGCCUGAUUCGUCCGCCAGAGCAGCUCAGCCUCCUGAAAUGAAUCCUUUGUCAGCAGUUAGCAUGUUUCAGAAACAAAAUUCAAAACCUGGCACACCAGUUGGUAUUCCAAGGAGCAAAGAGAAGCAGGUACGUCUGCCAGGUGUGUUGCCACCAGCAUCUUCCCUGAAAGGAGGCAGUCUGGCCUGUGGGUCAGUCCGUUCUAAAUUUCCAAAUUCUCCAGCAGCGUCCUCUCAUCUCAACCUCACAUCUUCAAAGGGCGUAGCAAAGAAACCGCGGUCUCCUUCAAACGAUGCAUCAUCUUCAUCUGCUUCUUUAAAUCCAGCAGGUAAAAGCACUUUUUCACCAGCUUUAUUAAGAACUGCACCUUGUGUAUCUGAGUCGUUGAGAAAAUGUAUCCCAUCACCCAGUACUCCAAAGGCCAAGCUUAUUCCAGCCCAGAAGUCAAGAGAUGUGCCUGAGUCUACACUUUUGCCAAAUAAGUGUUCUGGAAAAAUUGAACCAAAGCAUUUGAAACACCAUCAUGCGUCUUCCAGGGAUUAUGCAGUCUCUCACUCAGCUACACAUUUAAAUUCAUCAUCAAAGUGUCCAAAGCCACCUAAGGCAAAUCUGCACCUAAGGCCUAACCCUUCUCCUUCUUUCCAGUCUCCUGCAAAAGUGACAACAUCCAGUUCCAAACCCAUAACCACGGGUCUGAGAACACAGUCUCAGCCACGUGUUGGAGCUCUGCAAGCGGGGGCAAUGCCAGCACAGAAACUUAAGUCAGCCUUGAAUUUAAACCAGCCACUUUCUGUAACCUCAGUUGCUCCUGCAAAAGCUGCAGAGAAGUCGAAAGAUAAGAAUAUGGUUUCAGUUGCCAAAAAGCAGCCUCAGAAUAAAAGCACGUCCCAGAAGACAGGACCCAGCUCCUCUAGGUCCCCGGGCCGUACCCCGCUGUCCAUUGUGAGUCUUCCCCAGUCUUCUGCCAAAGCACAACCUGAACCAAAGUCAGCACAGACUGCCACCAAGAGCCAGUGCUUAGCCAAAGGGCCUUCCAAAAGUGGCAAAGCCCUGGCUGCAACCAGGAAACCACCCUCAUCUGGCAAGGAGGCAGUUAGUGGAGAUAAAAAACCUUCUGCAAAGAAGACGGAAGACGAUGAUCAUUAUUUUGUUAUGACUGGAAGUAAGAAACCUAGAAAAUAAACAGAAUAUGUCAUUCUAAGAGAACAGAGGAAAGAAAGAGAGUGAAUGUGUUAGCUGCACACCUUAAAAGUUUCUUCUAUUUGUGUUUAUCCAAAUAGGUUCAGACAUUAAGUACAAUAAGAUGGGGGUAGAGGUUGGGGCGAGGAGGGGACUCAUCAGAAUUCACAUACCUGAAUUCACCAGAAGGUACCCUUUUAACGUGAACAGUGGUAAAAUCACCAGGAGAUUCUUAUUAGUUAUAGACAUUUAUAUGAUUUUCAGUCCAUGACAUCUUUGUUAAUGUCUGCCCAUUAAUGGAAAUGUAAAGUUAAAUAACACUACUAGGUUUAUAACUAUAGUUGCUGUAUUUUGAAUAUGUGUUAAAUAUGGAGGUUAUUACCUGCUAAUAGAAACAGAGGUGCUCUUAAUAUAAGUUAUUGCAUUUUAGUUUAAAAGCAACGGUUUGGCACUUGUCUUACAAAAGACAUCUUAUUUCGUUUCCUGAUCAGGAUUGCCUGAUGGAACAAUAUUAAGUACCAAUGGCUGCUGCUGAUUAGCUUACUGUUACUCUGGGUUUGGUAGAAUUGUUAUUAUUUAAAAAUUUUUUAAGCUUUCCAAAUCAGAAGGAACUGAUUUUUUUAACUGACUUCUAUUAACCUUGGUAAUAUUUUGUUACCAAUAUUUUUGGUAAAAAAAUAAAAUUAAGGUAUUGAAAUAUAAAUUGUAACUUGGAAAAAAUUUUUUCACAUAUUAUUUAUAAGAACUUAUACCUUACAUUUUAGAUGGACAUUGUGCAAUGUGAAAGGGGAAAUGAUUUAGUAGCUUUUAGCAUAUUAGAAAUAUUUUUUAAUAAUUAAUUUUCUGUGAGUGCAGAUAUCAAUUUUUACAUUAAAAUAAUGUUGUUUAACAUCAGAAUUAUGUUUUAACAAUCUUAAAAUUAAGGUGAUAGUAAAGAAUAUUCAAGUGGUGCUACAUAAAAAUUCUGUCAUGUGAUUACUAUUUUUCUUCAGCACAAUAAUACAAGUUUUAAUUAGAGUUUUCCAGUUAUGUUAAUUUUCUUCAAUAAAGUCACGCUGCCUUCAGUUUUCCAGUGGCAAAUGGACAGUAUGUAUGCAGCAUUUUCUGUUCUGUAGGCAGAUUCUCCAAGGAACUUACCCAGAUCAUGUAGUGACUAUAUAGACUCUAUCGAUCUAGGAUGAUAUUUGUAAAUAAUAUGUUUUUUAAUAGAUUGUGGCUAUUUAAAAAAUUGUUAAUGUACUUUCAGAAGUUUUAGGGGUGUGUUUAAUAACUUUACAGUAUUAUCAGCUAUCACAGGUUAUUAUAUUCAGUAUUGAGGUUUGUGUUUCCCUAUUUUAAACUAAAAUGUGUUUUCUAAAGAAAAAUAAUGGUUCACACAAAUGUGCAAUCAUAGAAUAAGCAUCUUAAGCUGACUACUGAUGUUUGUAGAUUAUAAAGCAAGAAACUUUUGUAUAAAACUAAGCUAUCUUUUGUCUGAGAAAUACAGUUAAAAUCAAAGCUGUAUGCAGGCUAGUUUUUGAAAUAAUUGAUGCUUCUCUCCUUAAAAGAGACAGUCACCAAAUAUUCAGUUGAGUUCCACUGUUGAUCUGGGCAUUGAGGGAGAUAAUAUUUACAUCUUUGGAAAGUGAAGUCAGUGUUCAAGAAGUACUAGAAGCUUUACAUUUUUAGUGAUGAGAAAUAUUUAAUGCAUCUUUCAAAGAGGAAGAAUUUUACCUUUAAGAGGAGUUUAUUCCUUUGUAAGACCAAACAAUUCUCUAUCAGUAACUUCAGGAAUAAAAGUGUCAUCUGGCAGUUCCAAGAACUGGUUUUAUUUUUUUGAAAAAUUGUAAGUUAAUUCAUAAAUAGCCCUAUCUUCAUCGGGCUACUGAUGGUAGGAAUUUCCAACUCCUAUAAUUCUGUUAUAAUUUCACACUUUGAUACAGGGAGAAUAUUCUUGAAAUACACAUUUUAUCCAGUAUUCAUGAUCAGGGAAUUUCUCCAAUUAUAUUCACAUUGGAUGAAUUUUUAUUUAUAUAUAGCUUACUCUUCCAAAAUACUUUUUUUUUUAUAAGUAAGCAGUGGCUGAAAGAUCCUUUCUUCAAAUACAUUUUGAAAUGCCCUUAAAGACCUAGUGUUUCUAAUUGUUUUCACAAUUUUAAAAGUACAUUGUUGAAGUUAGAAAGAAAGUAUCAUUUCUUCUUAAUAGUAGUGCAAGAUUUUCAAAGUUUCUUUUUGUUUAAUAUUUAGUAAAAUGAAUAUUAAGCUUAAAUUACUGAAGUACCUGGAAGAAGAAAUAAUGUGUACUUUCAAAAAAGAAUGAAAUAUUUUUAUUUUUCGUUUCUAUAAUUUGUUAACGUGACUAACAUAUCAAAUUAGUCUUCAGAGGAAAAUGAAAUGCUGAUUAUUUUUGCAUUGUUUGAGCUUACAGUAGGUGUUUAAGGCUUAUAUCUUUAAAAUGCUUUGAUAAAUUAGAUGAUCUCUAACUUUCCUCUCCACACUGAGUUAACAGUUCUUAAUUGGUAAGGGAAGUUUUUUGAGAAAAAAAAUUACUGUUCCUUCUGCAAUAUAUAUCUGAUACAAAAAUCUGUUACUUCUUUAAAAGGCUUUACUAACAAGUUGUCAUGAUACAGUCAUAUCCAGGUUUACGUACUGACUCCAUCUGAAUCCAAAUUUGUGUAUAUUUUCUUGUGCUAGCAGUGUUUGUAUCAGAUUUUAACUUAUAUUUUCUCAGGUAUUAAAGUUUAAACAUAUAUACCAA